GACGACCAUCACCAAAACGACGACAAGAUGGUCAAUCUCCGAACCCAGAAGCGCCUGGCGGCGUCCGUCGCCGGCUGCGGAAAGCGCAAGAUCUGGCUCGACCCGAACGAGGUCUCCGAGAUCUCCAACGCCAAUUCCCGCCAGACAAUCCGCAAGUACAUCGCCGAUGGCCUCAUCAUCAAGAAGCCCGUCACCAUGCACUCGCGUGCCCGCGCCCGGGAGUUGACCGCCGCUCGCCGUAUCGGACGUCACCGUGGUUUCGGUAAGAGGAAGGGUACCGCCGACGCCAGAAUGCCAACUCAGGUCAUGUGGAUGCGUCGCCUGCGUGUGCUCCGCCGUUUACUCGUCAAGUACCGCGCCGCCGGAAAGAUUGACAAGCACCUCUACCACGAGCUCUACCACCUGAGCAAGGGUAACACCUUCAAGCACAAGCGUGCCCUUGUUGAGCACAUCCACAAGGCCAAGGCCGAGAAGGCACGUGAGGAGAAGCUCAAGGCAGAGAUGGACGCCAAGCGUGCGAAGACCAAGGCCGCUCGCGAGCGGAGACAGGAGCGCGUGCAGCAGAAGAGGAAUGCGCUCACCGGCGAGGAGGAGCCAGAGACCGGCGCUUAGACGAAUUGCACGAUCAAGUUUUGCUACUCUCUGAGACGCCUUCCUUUUUCUGCCAUACAGUGGUAUCGCAUGCGCAUUGGGAGAGGUCGGGCCUGUUGGGAGGCCAAGGACGAGCGAACAAAACGUAUUCACUCGAGGCCUGGGUCCGGCUUUCUUCCACACGAGGGUUAUGUUCAAGGCGUGCUGCACGGAUGGGGGCUUGCUUCUGGGCUUUUUUCGUGUCUCUCGUCAUCACAAAAAUUGAAAGAGUUUCACCA